UCCAUCUACCUAACACUAGCAGCCGCGCUCCCUGCUUCUCUCCCAGCCGCCGCCGACUCUAUCUCUCCCUUCCCUCUCACCACCUCCUCGUCAUCCUCAGCGUGCACGCUGCGCGUGGCCGUAGUGGGGGGUGGCCCCGCGGCGCGUCGGCUGCCGAGGCGCUGGCCUCGCCGAGGGCCCGGAUGCAGGUGCUCUCCCCUACCAACCUCGUCGCUGACUUCUCCCGCGCGCUACCGCCCGGGGCACCCAUCCCCAUGCUCCGCCGUGAGGUGCUCCACUCCUUCCUCCGCCGUCGAGGCUGAGCUCGUCCAGGGCCUCAUCACCUCCGCCGUGAGGUGCUCCACUCCUUCGUCGUCAAGCUCUCGCCCCAGGGGUGCGCUAGUGCCAGAUGCGGCGAGCCAGCAGAUCAAGGAAACCGCCCGUGGCCGCCCCAGGGGUUUAGGUCUCCUCACGGCGACGGGAGAGCGCGAGCCAAUGUGGAGCGAUUAAUUGGUCGCUGCUGCCAAUUGUUCUGCGUGCGGCUUGAUAAUUUAUUUCCUCUAGACUGUAGAAGUUUCACUUCCUCUUGAAUUUUAGGCCCAGGAUAAACAAAAGCUUUCCUUUUCACUGCAAACAAGUACUCCUAACCAUUGGAAUUGACAACAUGUAAGCUGUAGACAAAGCCCAACCUAACCCACGACUCUGCUUUUUGCUUCGUGCUGCGUUACAUCUUGCACUGGCUGCUGCUGGUGACAAGCAAGAACAACCAAAGGUAUUUUUAGUUUAUCACUGUCCAUCAGUUGAAACUAAAAAUGCCCUGACCUGCCUCAAAUGCUUAACUUUAUAACUGAUAAAGUUUCCAAUCACAAGAUUUACUUAAUUUAUACUAUUAUCUUCUGUUGCAGUAUUGAUUAUAAAUGUUGCAAACUUGCAAGUACCAACGACUCUUUUCAAUUAAAAUGCUGAUUCUAUUUUCCAUUUCUACUAUUUGUAUUGUAUAUUAUUUAUUGGAUAGAGAUUAGCCGCGAAUUCCAUGCGGAGGCCAGAGCACCUGUAAUGAUUCUGGGGCAGUUUUUUUGCGCGCAGUAAAGAAGUCUACAUAAUUGCCAAGAAUCAUCUUCAUCCAUGGGGAUCCGGUAAAGCAGCAGCCCCUUGGCUGGGUAACCUACUGUGAAGCAUCAGGUCAGCAGUGAAGGAGAUCUGAGUUCGAAGCAAAUUUGCCGCGAAUUCUCUCCGGAAAUCAUUCGAGUGGCUGGAUUUUGAAGCGCAGCCAUGGGAUCGGAGGAUUUUGUCUGUAAAAUGAUGUGAUUCGGCGGCUCUUCAAAUGUCUGUCCAGGAUGCAAACAUGUCCAGUGACACUGAUAUGAGUAAGGUGUUUGAAGACAGAACGUUUGUGUCAUCUAUCCUUAAUUCGCUUCCUGGUGUUGAUCCCAAUGAUCCAUCUAUUAAAGAUUUGCUGGCAUCAUUGCACAGCCAGGGAGAGGAAGAGAAGAAGGAAGACAAGUUAGACAAAACAGAAGACGAGAAGAACUGCUUCAAGCUGGAGUGAUGUCGCUGUGGUGCUUUUGUGACUGAUCAUCUCUGGAGCUUUUGUGAAUGAUCUAGCUAGCUAUCUGUAAUUGAUCUA